AUGUCGACGCUUAGAGUUCCUCAACAAGUUCCUCCUGCAUCCGAAGACUGUGAGCAGCUCAAAAAGGCCUUCAAAGGAUGGGGAACCAAUGAGGACUUGAUCAUAUCCAUCUUGGGGCAUAGAAAUGCCGCUCAAAGAAAGGUGAUCCGACAAACUUAUGCUGAAGCUUAUGGAGAAGAUCUCCUCAAGGAGCUGGAAAAAGAACUUACAAGUGAUUUUGAGAGGAGUAUACUGCUUUGGACACUUGAUCCAGCUGAACGUGAUGCAUUUUUGGCCAAUGAAGCAACAAAGAAGUGGACUAAAAGCAAUCAGGUUCUUGCUGAAAUAGCCUGCAGUAGGUCUUCACAUGAACUACUCAUGGCAAGGCAGGCUUAUCACUCUCGCUAUAAGAAGUCCCUCGAAGAGGAUGUUGCACAUCACACAACCGGGGACUUUCGCAAGGAUUUGAAAGCUGACCCCAAGGAUGAGUACCUUGCAAUACUAAGGGCCACAAUCAAGUGCUUGGUCCGCCCUGAGAAGUAUUUUGAGAAGUCUCUUCGUCUGGCAAUCAACAAACGAGGAACAGAUGAAGGAGCUCUCAGUAGAGUUGUCACUACAAGAGCUGAGGUUGACAUGAAGCUUAUAAAGGAGCAGUACCACAAAAGAAAUAGUGUCACUCUGGACCAGGCCAUUAAAAAAGACACUACUGGCGAUUAUGAAAAAAUGCUUCUGGCCCUGGUUGGACAUGAGGAUGCUUGA